GGUGUCGACGUCAUAUUCUUGGGAGUCUGGUAUUGAUGGCUUCAUGCGUCCACAUAGCGGCUGUAGGAAUCUUAUAUCUCUCCAUUGUACGCUAUCAUAACGAGGAUGGCUACUCUACGGUUCACCUGUGCAGUGAUCUUUUUAGCCAUAACGUCGGUGUCAGCAUACGUGGAAAUGCUUGAUGAUAGGUUUAAGGAGACUAGAAAAAAAGAACUGUGGCUGGUGGAGUUCUACGCUCCUUGGUGUGAAUUCUGUAAGACCUUUGCGCCAGUGUGGUACGAAGUAGGAGCAGAACUGAGGAGUAUGGGUUCUGAUGUGAACGUGGGCAUGAUUGACUGCACUGCACACACUAGUGUUUCCUCUGAAUUGAGAAUCACUGGGUAUCCUACAAUUAAACUGUUUAAGGGUGAGAAAGUCUUUAGUUACAAUGGACCCAGAAGGAAGAAUGAGAUUGUUGAAUUUGCCAACAGAGUAUCAGGACCUGUUGUCCGGGCACUUCAAAAUCAGAAGAUGUUUCAACAUGUCAUGAGCCAAAAUGAUAUUCUCUUUGUGUACAUCGGAGGGGCAUCACCUCUUAAGGAAAAGUAUGUGAAAAUGGCCUCUGAGCUCAUUGUUUACCUCUCCUUCUACUCCGCCUUUGAGAAUGUUUUACCUAAGGCAAUGACACUUCAAGUGGUUCCGUCAAUUGUCGUAUUCAAAGAAGGAACUUUCUUCACAUAUGAUGAAAGCCAGCAUGGUGACCUCACCACAUGGGUGAACAGGGAGCGUUUCCCUAGUUACAUCAAGCUUGACUCCUACACACUAUAUGCAAUGGGAGAUUCAGGGAAACUUGUGGCGAUGGCUGUUGAAGACGAGAAUAAUCCCUCUGAGGAUAGCAUUCGUUUGAAGGCCCUAAUUGAGACAGCAGCAACGGAAUACAAAGAUCAAUUCAGCAGUGCCUACCAGUUUGGCCACAUGGAAGAAAACAGCUACAUAAAUGGCUUAGUUAUGAGUGAAGUGAAGGCACCCUGCAUCCUGGUGCUAAACCUGUCCAAUGAUGGAUACUAUAUGCCCAAGAAACCAGUGCAGAGCAUACAGGAUUUGGUUUUAUUCCUAAAUGGUAUCCAGGAAGGGAAGGUUGAGCAACGUGGAGGAAAUGGAAUCGUGCAGCGCCUCAAAAGAACAGCUCUCGAGGCGAAGACCAAGUUUGAAGCUGCACCACUCUACUCAUGCUUAAUUAUUGGACUGCCUACGGGAGUCAUUGGCAUGAUAAUAUAUGCCACAUGCACCGUUGUGCCAGUGGACAGUGAUGAAGACGAGGAUUCACAGCAGAAAGGGAAGAGGGCCAUAGCACCCGGAGAAAAGAAGAAGAAGAAUUCUACUUCUAAGAAGGAGGAUUAGCUCACAUCACUGGCCCCUCUUAAGAGAACGUGUGGAUGGAAUGACAAAAUGCAAUGAUAUGCAUAUGCAGAAAAUCUGCCUAAUCUAAGAUCUGAAAAACUGUUUGAUUGUUUUAUGGAAUUAAAAUUCUUUCAUUCUUUGUUUACUCCCAAAA